AUGGCAGUCAAACCUAUCCCCAGAAUGGUGAAAGCCGCCAAAAUCACUGGGAGCCCCCACUUUAGUGGGGAGACAUUUGCUGCAGCCCUCCAGAACCACAUUGAGUCCCACGACCUCAUGUUCCGGAAGGCUUCAGUUCUCCUUGAUUCCUCUAGCAGCUCUGGCAGAUACCUCCAGGUGCUCCACUGCUGCUCCCUGAAUCGGGACCUGGAACUUCUGCCCUUUGGAGAUGUGACAGAGAUUGGGGAGCGGGGCCUCGACCUCUCUGGGGGGCAGAAACAGAGGAUCAGCCUGGCCCGUGCCGUCUAUUCUGACCAUCAGAUCUACCUGCUGGACGACCCCCUGUCUGCUGUGGAUGCCCACGUGGGAAAGCACAUUUUUGAGGAGUGCAUUAAGAAGACACUCAGGGGGAAGACGGUCAUCCUGGUGACCCACCAGCUGCAGUACUUAGAAUUUUGUGACCAGAUCAUUUUGUUGGAAAAUGGGAAAAUCUGUGAAAAUGGAACUCACAGUGAGUUGAUGCAGAAAAAGGGGAAAUAUGCCCAACUUAUCCAGAAGAUGCACAAAGAAGCCACAUCGGACAUGUUGCAGGACACAGCAAAGAUAGCAGAGAAGCCAAAGGUAGAAAGUCAGGCUCUGGCCACCUCCCUGGAAGAGUCUCUCAACGGAAAUGCUGUGCCAGAGCAUCAGCUCACACAGGAGGAGGAGAUGGAAGAAGGCUGGAGGAUCUACCACCACUACAUCCAGGCAGCUGGAGGUUACAUGGUCUCUUGCAUAGUUUUCUUCUUCAUGGUGCUGAUUGUCUUCUUCACAAUCUUCAGCUUCUGGUGGCUGAGCUACUGGUUGGAGCAGGGCUCAGGGACCAAUAGCAGCUGAGAGAGCAAUGGAACCACAGCAGCGGGCAACAUGGCAGACAAUCCUCAACUGUCCUUCUACCAGCUAGUGUACGGGCUCAACGCCCUGCUCCUCAUCUGUGUGGGGGUCUGCUCCUCAGGGAUUUUCACCAAGAUCACGAGGAAGGCAUCCACGGCCCUGAACAACAAGCUCUUCAGCAAGGUUUUCCACUGCCCCAUGAGUUUCUUUGACACCAUCCCAAUAGGCCAGCUCUUGAACUGCUUCGCAGGAGACUUGGAAGAGCUGGACCAGCUCUUGCCCAUCCUUUCAGAGCAGUUCCUGCUCCUGUCCUUAAUGGUGAUCGCCGUCCUGUUGAUUGUCAGUGUGCUGUCUCCGUAUAUCCUGUUAAUGGGAGCCAUAAUCAUGGUUAUUUGCUUCGUUUAUUAUAUGAUGUUCAAGAAGGCCAUUGGUGUGUUCAAGAGACUGGAGAACUAUAGCCGGUCUCCUUUAUUCUCCCAUAUCCUCAAUUCUCUGCAAGGCCUGAGCUCCAUCCACGUCUUUGGAAAAACUGAAGACUUCAUCAGCCAGUUUAAGAGGCUGACUGAUGCGCAGAAUAACUACCUGCUGUUGUUUCUAUCUUCCACGCGAUGGAUGUCGUUGAGGCUGGAGAUCAUGACCAACAUUGUGACCUUGGCUGUUGCCCUGUUCGUGGCUUUUGGCAUUUCCUCCACCCCCUACUCCUUUAAAGCCAUGGCUGUCAACGUCGUGCUGCAGCUGGUGUCCAGCUUCCAGGCCACUGCCCGGAUUGGCUUGGAGACAGAGGCACACUUCACGGCUGCAGAGAGGAUACUGCAGUACAUGAAGAUGUGUGUCUCGGAAGCUCCUUUACACAUGGAAGGCACAAAUUGUCCCCAGGGGUGGCCACAGCAUGGGGAAAUCACAUUUCAGGAUUAUCACAUGAAAUACAGAGACAACACACCCACCGUGCUUCACGGCAUCAACCUGACCAUCCGCAGUCACGAAGUGGUGGGCAUCGUGGGAAGGACGGGCUCUGGGAAGUUCUCCUUGGGCAUGGCUCUCUUCCGCCUGGUGGAGCCCGUGGCAGGCCAGAUUCUCAUUGACGGCGUGGACAUUUGCAGCAUCGGCCUGGAGGACUUGCGGUCCAAGCUCUCAGUGAUCCCUCAAGAUCCAGUGCUGCUCUCAGGAACCGUCAGAUUCAACCUAGAUCCCUUUGACCGUCACACUGACCAGCAGAUCUGGGAUGCCUUGGAGAGGACAUUCCUGACCAAGGCCAUCUCAAAGUUCCCCAAAAAGCUGCAUACGGAUGUGGUGGAAAAUGGUGGAAACUUCUCUGUGGGGGAGAGGCAGCUGCUCUGCAUUGCUCGGGCUGUGCUUCGCAACUCCAAGAUCAUCCUUAUCGAUGAAGCCACAGCCUCCAUUGACACUGAGACAGACACCCUGAUCCAGCGCACAAUCCAUGAAGCCUUCCAGGACUGCACCGUGCUCGUCAUUGCCCACCGUGUCACCACUGUGCUGAACUGUGACCGCAUCCUGGUUAUGGGCAAUGGGAAGGUGGUAGAGUUUGAUCGGCCGGAGGUCCUGCGGAAGAAGCCUGGGUCAUUGUUCGCAGCCCUCGUGGCCACAGCCACUUCUUCACUGAGAUAAGGAGAUGUGGAGACUUCAUGGAGGCUGGCGGCUGAGCUCAGAGGUUCACACAGGUGCAGCUUCGAGGCCCACAGUCUGCGACCUUCUUGUUUGGAGACAAGAACUUCUCCUGGAAGCAGGGGUAAAUGUAGGGGGGGGUGGGGAUUGCUGGAUGGAA